UGUGUACUUCCCUUUGGGAUCCUUGUUCUAGCAGCCUAGCCAUGCCUGUGGACUUCAGUGGUACCUGGAACCUUGUGAGCAGCGACAAUUUUGAAGGUUACAUGCUGGCUUUGGGUAUUGACUUUGCAACUCGCAAGAUAGCAAAAAUGCUGAAGCCACAGAAGGUGAUUGAACAGGAAGGUGAUUCAUUCUCCAUCCAAACCACCAGCACUUUCAGAAGUUACUUUGUCCAAUUCAAAAUUGGAGAGGAGUUUGAGGAAGACAAUAAAGGCCUAGAUCAUAGAAAAUGCAAGAGUGUGGUUACCUGGGACAACGACAAGCUUGUUUGUGUCCAGACUGGUGACAAGAAAAACAGGGGCUGGACUCACUGGAUUGAAGGAGAUCAGCUAUAUCUGGAGCUCAGCUGUGAGGACCAAGUAUGCAAACAGGUUUACAAGAGAGCUUGACUUAAUCCAGCCUUGACUGACACUUGAAAAGCACAUCAGUACAGAGCAGACCUCAUGGAACCUAUUUCUUUAUGUACAUAGGUUUCUAAU